AUGAACAGUAAAAUUUGGGAGAGAGUAAGUCAAUAUCAUUGGAAAGAUGAAGAAAAGAACAUUUUAGAACUGACUAAUGUCAUCACCAAUUCAGUCAAAACACACUCUGUUCAAAACACCACCAGAAAACCAACGAAUGUAUUUCAUGGAAGAGUUGUUUAUAGUUACAACCCACAAAAUGAAUAUGAAUUGAAAUUAGAAAAAGGAGAAUGGAUCACAGUUAUUUCUACUGAUGGAGAAUGGUGGGAAGGAGAAAGUAAAGGGAAAAUAGGAAUAUUUCCAUCUCAUUAUGUUGAAAGAGAUGUUAAAAUCAACUAA